CGAGGUGGAAGAAAUUGAUCAGCGAACAUUCUUCCUUUAAAUCUUAAUUUUAGAAGCUGUCACUUCUCGACUGGAUAGGAUUUUCCAUUAUGUCGACCUCACCGUACCACAUAGCAUCUCUUUUGGACAAGGUAAGGUGAAUUGUAGUUUGGCUGGACUUGUUGUACAGUGUACUCGUGUACACCCACGAACUCGUGCAGCUAAUAAGCUGCACGCUGCACAACAAUUCAACUGUCAUUAUUUAUGUUACGGUUUUGAAAAUUUCCGCUUUGGCGCUAACUUGGGUGUUAUUCUAUUUCGAAUGUAUUUUGAUACCUGUGACUGUGAGAUCAAAGCUACACUGAGUCUUUGCGGAAAAAUAAGAUCGAAAGUGAAGAGCUGAGAGACUUGCUUAUAUUUCUAGUACGUGACCUUUCUAGAAGUGCUAACGUUAUGUAGCACUUGACAGUUUGAAAACGCUAAUGACUGUUGAUGUUGUUGUUGUUGUUUUAAAGGAUUUCUUGGACCAGUGAUUUUGUCAUAUAAAUGCCUCUGUUUUCCAUUAUUUUCCUAUAAACGUAUAAGUUACAUACUGACAUGUGUCUGUUGCGCACAAUCGAACCUCCAGCAGUGGAGUUUUAGCAGCCACCCUCUUUUACGUUGUCAGUAAUCAAUGUCCCAUAAUAGUUGUACAGAAGAAUUGUAAACAGGGUUUUCAUUAAGAAUCCUUGUAGUGGAAGAAAGGGGUUACGUUACAGGAGAAUAUUUUGAAAGAGGCUUCACAUCUGAAUAAAUGAAUAGUCUUUCACGCACUAGCCUUUACUUUAGCCUUAAGACAAGUUUCGUUUAUUCAAACCUCUUCAGUUUGGCUAAAACUGUUACAAUAUGUUGUUACAUUCAAACAAGCAAUCGCGUACGCUCAUCCUCAAACGCGUGCAAGAAGGCGCGCGCAACUGCUUAAAAUUACAAUCCAUCAAUCAUUUCACUAUUGCCGCUUGCGGCAAUGGUAUAGAGUUCCAUUCCGUCUUGUUAUUUAUAGAUCCUUCUCGUCUGGCAAAGCAUUUUAGGCUUAACAAGGACAGCCCUGCUGCUUAAAAUGUAUAAAAAUAAUUAACAGAUACAUAAUCAACACGUGUACAGCUUAUACUCAUUCUGAUAAGAUAAUUGCAUGAAGUUAAGGUUUUAGGUUGUAGUGUAAUAUAAGUGUAAUAAAUCAUGAUAAAUAUUUUUUAUUCUUGUAUUAAAAAUAUGAAAUGAUUUCAAGCUUUUUAUGUAGAUGGGAAGGUUGUUACAUGUACAAAUUUCAGUGGGGGUUCAAUUAUACUACUGUACAACUGCAGUAAUAAGUGACCUACAUUUGUCACUGGAUUUCAUUUUUGAUUUAUUAUUAUUUUUUUGAAGAUGACAUCAAGUGAUAAGGACUUUAGGUUCAUGGCCACUAACGAUCUUAUGGCUGAACUCCAGAAAGAUUCCAUUAAACUGGACGAUGACAGUGAGAGAAAGGUCAUUCCUUUUAAUUGCAUGUGUAAUCUUAAUUUAAAUUUUAUCCAGUAAUCAUUAAAAUUGAUUAUGUGGCAAAUUGUACUGUAAAGUCAACAGAAAUGAAGUUAUUGCAAUAAUAAGAUCUUAAGAUCUGAUGAUGGCAACAAGAACAUAAAAAAGCACUAGGUUUAAUAACCAAAACGACAAACUGCACGUACAACACACCUUUGUACAUUUCAUUACUGUCUCUGCAUAACUGUGAUGCAAAAAUGCCCAAUUUCACAUUUUACAUGUGGAGGAUGUAAACAACAGACUGAUGGCAAAAUUUUCUUUUUCUUUCUGAACUUGGACAAUUUGUGAUCAAAAAUGCUACAUCUGUAGCCCAAUAGGUCGCUCCACCAGCCUGGGACUAAUGGACAGCACUUUUGUCACAUCUUGGAGGUCUAUUAAACUAGAGUUGUAUUGCUAUUAACUUUAUAGGUUGUUCAGAUGCUCUUGAAAUUGCUUGAAGACAAAAAUGGUGAAGUGCAGAACCUAGCUGUGAAAUGGUAAUAACAGUACAUACUGAAUUCUGCUGUACAGACUCUACAUGAACUUGUUGUAUUUGUAAUGCGGCUAAAUGCAGUUUAGACAAAGUUAAAAUCUAGCCAAUAGUUCAAUUUUAUUGGCUUAGAGUCCAAAGGUUGCUAACUUGUUAAGGUUUGAGUGCAAUGUACACGAUUGUUCAUAAUGUGUACUAUUGGUGUAAGCAGACCUGGUUUUGUUGUUUACUGUGUGCAACGGUCACUCUUGGGAAAUGGCAAGGUGACCGUUAAACAUAGGGAGACUGCUAUAUACAGGUCAACUUUGCAGAAAAAAUAAGGCAACUGAAAAUUUUGGGAAGUUAUCCGGUAACCGUAAUAUACAGGGUGACAGCUAUAUACAGGGCUGUUAUAGACAGGUUUGACUGUAUUUUAACAUUACAAGUUUACGUAUUUUAUGUGGUCAGGUUGCACAUCUCCAAAAUUGUGAUUAAUUACAUGUACAAAGUCAUAUACAUGGUUUUGAUUCUUCCUGACAAAAGACAAAAUCGUUACAAGUUUCUUUCCUCAGAACGUAAAGAAAAAUGUUUGUAAGAAACAAAUUUUGGGUUGCUUUUUUUUGUAAAUGUUUUUGUAUUAUUCUAUAUUACCCUUGAGAGAUGUCUUGUACAAGGCAAGUGUAUGGUACAUGUACAUGUACAUUUAACUUGAAUGUACAGUAUGUAAGAUGUGCCCACAAUUGGAUUUAAGAGCUGAAAUUUAAGCAAAAUGUGAGUGUAGCUUGUGCAGCAAGCUCUCAUGACAGUGUUUGGGUUUUAUCGUUUUAGCCUUGGACCUCUGGUUAGUAAAGUUAAAGAGCAUCAUGUGGAAACAAUAGUGGAUUCCUUAUGUUCAAACAUGCUUUCGGACAAUGAGCAGCUAAGAGAUAUUUCAAGUAUUGGUGAGUCAUCUUGUAGAUUCACAUGGAUUCUGAUGCCUUCCCUCUUAUUUGGAACAUCCAUUUUAUUUUUACUUGAGGAGGCGGCCUGGCCAAGUGGUGAGCACAUAGUUGGACCCAUAAUCUGGUGGUGCCAGGUUCAAGUCUCACUCUUGGUGGCCACUCGCUGGAUUCAUUCUCGGUCUUGCCACAUUCAAAUCGUCGGUCACUAUUUUAUACCAACUGGCAUGAACCUUUCACUAUAAACAAACCUUUACCAGCAAUUAUUAUUUCUUUUUUUAUUUUACUUCUUUGUCAGGUUUGAAGACAGUUAUAGGAGAGCUACCACCAGCUUCAUCCUCACUGGCAGCAAAUAUUUGCCGCAGAAUAACUGGGCGACUCACUAAUGCUAUUGCCAAGGUUAGUAGCUUGAAUUGCAUUUUAUAUAGUGCUUUUGUUGGUUCUCAAUACUGUACUGUUGCCUUGAUUUCAGAGCACUGAUGUGUCAGUUCAACUGGAAGCUUUAGACAUCCUGGGAGAUCUUCUUAGCAGGUUCGGAGGUCAGUAAAUCUGGUCCAGGUAGUUCAAUAAUGCUUCAGCAUUUUGUUGUUCCAUAAAAAAGCACUUGAAGCUUGUCAUGGGUUUGUAGGGGUAUAGAAUGGUAAAUUCAAGACUUUGCGCGACUGCAAGACCCUGGUUUUAACAUUUGAGACAAGGACUUGCAUGUAAUGAGCCCAAGUUUCUGAGACUCUUAUUUCAAAUGCCAAGAUUUUGAGACCUGUCCGAUAUUAAUUUCCGAUGGGUACAACUCUGUCUUUUGUUGUUGACGAUUCCACACCCCUGUUUGUGUGUGUGUUCUUUAAUUAGUGAACAAACUGUUAUUAGUUAUACUGUACCAUAAUCCAAACUCUUUUUUCUGCAGGUUUGUUGGUGUCAUAUCACCAGUCUAUCCAGCAAGCCUUGUUACCACAGCUUACAAGUGCAAGAUUAGCUGUCAGAAAGAGAACUAUCAUUGCACUUGGUAUGAAGCAAAACAUUAACAGUAUUGCAAACCACUAGAAAGAGGAAAAAGAAGACCUUGAAAAGUACAAUGCACCCUUUGAAACUCCUUGUAACCUCCUUUCACCCCUUUCUAGCCGUUCGUAGAUGUUCCCUCUCUCCAUUUUUCCUUUGUCGGGGGGGGGGGGGGGGGGUACCCUUUUCCCUUGUAACCUUUUGUACAUGUAAGGUCCCCUACAGUGUAGCAAUAUCCUUUUGCCCCCUGUAACCCCUUUUAAUAUCCUGUUUCCCCAUGUAACCCCUUCUUACCCCUUGUACAUGUAAUUUCCUGUAACUCCUUGCAAUCCCUUGUAACUUCUUGUAACUCUCUGCAAUGCCUUUUAAACUUUUUUAACCCCUUGUAACCUCCCGUAACCACUUAAAACCCCUGUAACCCCUUCUAACCUCCUGUAGCCUCUUGUACUCCAUUGUAACUUCUCAAGAUUAAUCAUAAUGUAAUGUGACUGACCAUUAAUUUAACUUGUCUGUUUUGUGUACCAUAGGCCAUCUUGUUUUAAGUGCAAACAGCAGUCUAUUUGUUGAGCUGAUGGAUCAUUUGUUGACCGAACUCAAGCUGAACGCUUCUCAUUCCACCACUCGAACUUUUAUCCAGUGUAUUGGAGCAAUAUGGUGAGUGAAUUAACCUUAUGGGACAUUAUGGGAAUUAUGGACUUAACAAAAUGCCCACAUGCUGUUUCAGUUUCUAUGGAAACUGUAAAAAUAACAAAAAGAUAACUCAGCAGGUUACUUACAGCCUUUUUCCUACUGCUUCUUCAAAUUUUUGGCUCGAGGAGGGAGAUAAAAAUGUCUUACUUGAGAGGUUGCAGUCUGUACAUCUAAGUUGUUCAUUUUGUUUCUUGAAAAUAUUAAUUUGUUGUUGUUGUUGGUUUUUGUUGAACAGCCGACAAGCAGGUCAUAGGGUGGGAGAACAUCUUGAAAGGAUCAUGCCCAUGAUAGUGCGGUAUUCCAAAGUGGAGAAUGACGAUGAGUUGCGAGAGUACUGCAUUCAGGUCAGUUUUUAGAGCUAUUUUCCUAUGACCUUGACAUUAAAAUGCGCAAUCAAAAAAGAAGCAACAAACAAAUGGAAAUAGCUCUAGUGAUUUGAUUGCUUUAUCCAACGGAUAUAAAUGCACGUGGCUUUUGGGUUUGUUAAGCGAACACUCGGGUGAAAAAACUUCAUGCCCGAGAAUUUUCUAGAAAUCAAUCGUUCCAUGUACUUUUCUUUGAUGUCAUACUGGAACACGAUUGGCCAAUCUAACAAUGCUUUCUCCGUAUUGGGAUUUUCUUUGGUGAGAAAACAAAGAGGCCAUGUUUUGAUCUUUGCAUCCAUUAGUUGAUAAAACAAGUAACAAACACUUUCUGAAACCAUUUUUUCAAGGUCAUACAAAAAUCGCUCAAUACACUGUACAUGUAAAUCUUGAACCUUUCAAUCAACUAUGGUGCCAGUUAUUUUUUCUCACUCUCUGACAAAUCUCAGUGUUAAGGUGAUACAAAAGAUGAUUUGCAAAGAUGAUUUUUAGUUCAAUGAAGCAUUUCCACAUUUUUGCGACAUUGUUUUGAAUGGUUGCAACAUUUUUUUUGGUCUUUUCUCAUUUUGCAGGCAUUUGAAUCAUUUGUGUGCAGAUGUCCUAAAGAAGUUACUCCUUACAUUCCAAAUGUAUGUUGAUUUUGUUGACUUCGUUAGUUGUGAUGAUAGUAGGUACAGCGGUACAUGUGGUGGUGUCGUUGCACAAAUUAAUAGGAUGCUAGUUGUAAAAAUGGGCUAAAUACAGUGGAAGCUCUCGUAAGCAGACACUCUCAAGAUGAGAGAAUGGUGUCCCCAACUGGAGCUGGCCUUUUAAAAAGAUAGUUCUCAUAUGUGGUCACUAGUUUUGUAAGAGUUGUUCAAAAAAUACUGUUUGGCUGUACUGUUGCUCUGAUGGCAGAUGACAUUGUUAUGUACGUAUUUUGAAGUGUAACUGAAUUUGUUAGCCUGCGAAAACGCCCGUUUCUCCUCGCUCUUCGCCGCUUGGGACGUUUCGUUUCAUUUCGAAACGUCCCAAGCGGCGAAGAGCGAGGAGAAACAGAUGUUUUCGCAGGCUAUGGAUUUGUGUGUGAAAAAAAAGAUCUCUAAAGCUGAUAUUAUAAAUUCACUGUGACAAACAGCAAUAAUUAUGAAAAAAAUGCAAGAUUUAUAGGCAAAUGCGAUCUCGUUUCAGACGUCUUUUCUUUCAGCUUUGUUUUCAAGCUUAAAAACAAAGCUAGCGUCUAACUUGUAAAUCCUGAGUGUGUCUGUGUCUUUAAAAAAAUUACAGAGUUUGUAUGGGACUUGAAACGUGGAUUUGUGAGAACGGCCGUAAGUAGAGCUGUCCGCUUCAAGUGUCCGUUAAGGGAGCUUUCUGUGUAUUGUAACUUACACUGCACAUAAUUAUUAGUCUGUUUAUACACUUGCUAUUGAUCAGUUUCAGAAGGUGAAUAAUUAUUCAAUAAUCAUUACUAGAUUAUUGUAACAUAAUUAUAGCUUGAACAUGUAAACUGAGGUUAGGGUAACUGGUAACCACAGUUGUACAGUAACUAGUUUUUUGAUGGUAUUGUUGUUACUGCCAUAAUCAUGGCUUGAUCAGGGCUGUGAUUAAGGGCUGGAGGCCAGGUCUUCUAUGAAUUUGCCCCCAACUACUUUCAACAGGAAAAAGGAGUAAGAAAAAUAGAACCAAAAGAAAUCACUAUCUACUUGUUGCAUUAACCCAGAAACUUGAAAUCUAGGCACUGACAGUCCUAACUUGAUGUGAUUGUUUGGUCCUCAGAUCACAGAGCUUUGUCUAGAAUUUAUUUGUUAUGAUCCAAACUACAACUACGGAAGCGACGAUGAAGAUGAGUUCAUGGAGACAGACAUGGAGGAUGAUGACGAAGAGUGAGUAAUGCGUAAUCCUGGUUUGGUAUACAAUAAUUUUUCUAUUGGGUAUCGUUCAGAAACAUGCUGUCCUUGGAAUACAAAUGUUUGUAUGAAAGUUCUUCUCACACACUAUUUAUUAAAAACAAAGACUGUUGUUAGAGACUGCAUCAGUUUCAUUCCCAAGGACGUCCACAGUAGUGGAUUUUUGCCGUAAUCAGCUUUUUAUACGUACUGUUAAUUUUUUAGUGAGGAUGAUGAUGACUACAGCGAUGAUGAUGACAUGAGUUGGAAGGUAAAGAAUAAUUCACUACUGACUUGUGAAAUUUUUUUAUAGCAGUAGAAAAUUUGGCGCUGUAAGUGGUAAAACAGACAGCAAAAGCGUGGAACUUGUUUUGCAACAAACGAGUAUUUAAGAGAACUUCUGUAAAUUAAAAGAUCAGGAAAUUAUAAUUUAAGAUCCUCCUCGAUGGUUUGUUGCUUGCAACGCCAACUUAUAGAAGUAGGGUUACAUUAGGGAGAGAUCACUCCAGGUCGCAGCUCCGGCACUUUGGAAUGUAUUACCGCGUGAGAUUCGUUGUAUUGUAGAUCUAGGGAUUUUUAAGUGCCAUCUGAAAACGCACCUCUUUAGGGAAGCUUUUUAUUAAGCAGUAUUAAUUUUUAUCACGAUAAUUACUAGUAUCUUAACAUAUGUUGUAUAUUUUAUAAAUAAUUAUUAGUUAGAUACCCUGUAUUAAAUUGUUAUAGAUAGAAAUAAUGUAAUGCGCGCUUGAUCAUUUCAUGGAAAGCGCGCAAUAUAAGAAUUAAAUUAUUAUUAUUAUUAUACCAUAUGUAUAGUUGUGCGUUUUAUCACCCACAUCCAUCCCUGUUUUGCAAAGAUCAGGUUGAUGCAGGUUUUGAAUACUUGUAGCAGAAAGUAGAGAGGAGUUCUACACUUUGCAAAAAAAUCUAUGAGUUCUCCGUAGCUCAAGUGGAUAGAGCGCUCGCCCGCCGUUUGGGAGGUCAUAGGUUCGAAUCCUGUCGGGGACUCAGAUUUUUUCUUUGUCCCACGAUCGUGACAUGCUGAUCAUUUCAUUUUCACAAAUCUAUACAUGUUGCGCAUUUUACCAACCCAAGGCAAACUUGUUUUGCAGCAAGUGACGUGUGUGGUGUGACUCCCGCGUAAUUUUAUCCAAUAAGAAGUUAGAACUCACGCAACUUGCAACAACGUGACGUGUUGCAAGACAGGUUUGAACGUGGCUGGCUAAGUGUGCAACAUCGCAGCAGGUGCUAUUCAACUCUUUGCAGUAAGGUUGCAAAACAAGUUGUCGCCCGUUUUACUGUACAAGUUGUAGCUUUAGGGAAGGAUUGAAUAGUUUUGUACUUUUAUAUUACUUACAUAAUUAAAAGUGCCAUUUAACUUUACAUGUAUGCGCACAAUAACAAUCUGAUAUUCUGCACAUCAGGUUCGCAGAUCUGCAGCCAAAUGUUUGUCCGCAGUGUUGGGAUCAAGACCAGAGCUUCUCUCAGAAUUUUACAAGUCAGUCUCGCCAGCUCUGAUCGCCCGAUUCAAAGGUACAAUUGUAUCACAGUAUUUCUGCAAACUAUUAUCCCUGUGCUCCCUUUUAAGUUCCUGUUACAGUAACUUCCUAGAGUGUAGAAAGGGUGGAUUGCGCAGGUGUACAGUCCUAAUAAAAUUCACUUUUUGUAAACUAGCAAAAAAAGAAUACAUGUACCAUGUGAUUGGGUUACUACCAGUGCCGGAUGCAGACCUUGAGAUAAGGUGGGGGGGGGGGGGGGGGUCACCCAGAGCCUUAGAUAAGGGGGGGGGGCGGGUCUCCAAAAAAAUUAUUCUGCCCUUUUGUUUGGUCUUAAAAUAAGCGGGGAGCGAGCCCCCCGGGCCCCUCUCCUGGAUCCGCCACUGACUAUGCUGUACAUGGGUUUCACUUGAACAGUGGCACAAAACCGUAGGAAACUGUGUUUUAUACCUUCCUCAUGCAAUAUAUGUGUUAUCCUUACUUCCCCUACAAAGGAUCGUUUUUUUAACUUAAGCCCCACCAGUCUGGAAUACCAGAAAAGUUUGUUCUUUGAGACCCCCUCCCCCUCGAAAUUUCCAAUGACCCUCCAUGUGGUGGGUUUUCUGAAACAACAUCAGGCAAUUUGCAUCUCACGAGAGGGUGGUAACUAUAUUUUGAAUAGUACUGUACUAAGCUGUUACUUUAACGUGUUACUCUACCACCCCAUUCCAUCAAUCGGCGCAUGUUUCCUGUAACAAAUUUGAAUUUUUUGUUUGCCUUUAUUUGUAGAGAGGGAAGAAAAUGUAAAGGCUGAUAUUUUUGCUGCAUACAUCACACUUUUGCGGCAAACCCGACCAGUAGCGAGUCAGACUCUUGACGCUGAUGCAAUGGAGGAUGAUUCAGGGUAAGAGUCGUGAUGGCGUCGGCAUCGUGGUCGGCAUCGGCAUCGUUGUCGUCGUCGGCAUCGUCAUCGUCAUCGUUAUCAUCAUGUUGAUGACGACGAUGACGACCACUAUGAUGAAUAACAGUGCAGCUCAGAAAUAACCGCCCAAAAGUUUGCGUGUGAACUGCGUGUGCACAAUUUGCGUCUGCAUGUCUGCGUCUGAGUACAUGUUAGAAUAUGUUCGAGUGCUGCAUGAAUGGGCGAUUCACAGCCAAGAUUCAUGAAUCGAGUCGAGAUUGCAGUGAACUUGAUCCACGGCGGGUGAAUAAAGUUUGAUCCGUCCGAAACUCAAGACAUGUGCACAUUCUGGCCGAAAAACAUUUAUACGUAAACUUCAGUUAGAAAAGAGUAGUCUUGUGUUCAGCCAAACAACGACAAACAAGGAAAACUAGUGGCCAUAAUUAAAAAAGGGAAAAAAAACGCACGCACGCGUCCCGACGCGUAUACGCAAAAAUGGUGCGUGCGUUUUGCGUGUGCGUUGGUCGCUUAUCUCUAAGCUGUACCGUAACUUAAGUAAUCUGCUAAAAAGAGUAAUAUUCUAUGAUUACAUGUAGAUAAAACAUGGCACUUAGGCCAACGUUCACCAAAAUCGUAGCAAAUUACUUCAAUGCUUUUGUAACUUUGUCAUCAGUCAUAAAAGCUAACAGUUUACCAGCCGUGCGAUUUUCUGUCUUCUAACUACUCUAUUGGGCUUCUUAUACUGUACGCUGAUAUAAGGCUACAAUAUAAGGCCGAUUUGAAUACUGGGUAGUGGUUCCUUAACUCGGCGAUUAACCUUGUGAUCUAUGGACUUUAGUACUUCAGCGUCAUCGGCACAACAGUGAGAACACCUUCCUUCCACUAGAGUUUGAAUCCUGGUUGUGAUGCCAUUGUAUUAGAUCCGUUUUGUUUUCUGUUCUCCACCUUGCUCUGAGAGGUUUUUCUCUAGGUACUUUGGUUUUCCCCUUUCAUGAAAAACUGACUUGUUCAAAACCUAUUUGGUUUGGAACAGGGCUCACUGGCAUCCACUGUGUACACUGUACAUGCUUUCUUUAAAAAGUUUCUAUCUUAGUAUCUCAGUUGAUGUCCCCAAAAGUUAAGAAAAUUUUCGUGAGAUUCAUGUGCUAUUUGUCAUAUUCAAUUAUAAUUUGUUGUUUCACACUACACCUUAAUGAUGUACCAGUCCCCCCCCCCCCUCCCAUGGUAUGUUCUAAAGUAAAAUAUUGUUUAUUUUAGCCCAGUCAACUUGCUCACAAGUCAAAUCCCAUCAAUUGUCAAAGCUUUAUACAAACAACUGAGAGAGAAAAGUGUCAAGACCAGACAGGUAACUACAUUCCCUUGUUACCAAGGCACAAUAUCCACACACAAAUUCUCCUCACUGAGCUCCAUACAUUUCCUUAAUUUAUCAGCUGAGAGAAUUUGCUCACAGAUCAAAGCAUUUUCCCUUUAGUGAGCAUUUUGUUAAUUCUCAUAACUUCUUCUCUUUAUGAUGUAUAUAUAUUGUUAGGAGAAAUUUGAUGUUAGUUAUUUUUUGGGAACUCUGCCCACAUGAAUUCGUUUUUGUAACAAAAACGAAUUUUUUUUUUUCUCUGAAAACGCAUCAUUUCAAAAACGCUCUCCAGUGCGAAGAUUUUUUACGAAAACGCCGUACUUAAUCGGAGGUUUUUGAAACGAUUGCGGCACGGUGUUGGAUCCAGUCUAUCCCGCGCACGGAGAGAAGACGCCAUCAUCUCGCGGGCUCAUAUAUCAGUAAAUGCGCAUUCUCUCAUCAAAGACGGUACCGUUUCGUUUUCAGUCACCAUUGCCUUUUGGGGGUAAAAACGAGUCAAAAAAUGCACCGUGUGGACGCAAAUUUUUUUUUUUGGAAAACCCUUUCAUGCAAAAAUCUCUUAGAGUUUGAGGAGCUACCGUAAAAUUCCGUAAGCCCAGGGGCUUAUAGUUUUCAAAGGUCCUUUUGAGGGGUUUAUCUAUGGAGGGAAAUUUGCGUUUCAAAAUCGAGUGGGCUAGCCUUAUAGUUGGAAGGAAAUUUACCGUUUUAACUUUGUUUUAGUUUGUAUUUGAGGGCAAUUUUCCAAGUACAAACUCCCAGGGGGGGGGCUUAUACUUGGAGGGGCGAUUUAACGGAGGGUUUUAUGCGUUACGUGUUUGAGGAGCUUAUAUUUGGAGGGGCUUAUUUUCGGAAUUUUACGGUAUUUGCAUAAGACUACACCCUUAGAACAUCAACAGGGAGAGGAGAAUUGAGAUUCCUGAAGCGUGGAUGCCUACGAUCAGACGUCAUAGCAUCCGAUCGCUACCACAGCGGACCGCUGAGGGAGCAAUUUCUGGAUCAUUAUACAUCUCUGGGAAACUGCCCACCUACCCCUCCCCUAAGCCAACAUUUUGCCAUAAGUGAGAAGUAAGUGUUAAUGUUGGCUUUGGGGUUGGGUAGGUGGGCAGUUUCCCAGAAACGUACAAUGGUCUUCUAUGUACUUUGCGUGUUUACUGAUUGUCACUGUUAUUUGUAGGGAUGUUUUCAUCUGCUCUUAGAGCUUGUAGCUGUGUUACCUGGAGCUUUGUCAGAUCACAUCAGUGCUAUUGUUCCUGGAAUACAGUUCUCUCUUGGGUAAGACGUUUUUUUCUGCCGCUUAUUUUAAGUACUGUGGCACCACAAACCUUUUAUCACCCCUUUGAGCGCCCCUUACAAGAUUGUUACCUUUCUAUUCGAAGCCCAGCUAGCAGUAAGCUGCAAUCUUGGACAAAAGUCUUGGGACGCUAUUGCGUUUCUGGGGCGUUUUCCAAUUCACAAAGGUCCAACCCCUCCCCUCACCCCACAAACAAUGUUAGACGCGUGUGUCCAGAAUUUUUUACGAGUUUCAACUAUGUAUAGGGUGGGGGGAGAGCGAAAUGCAAGAAAAUUUCGAAAAGGAUGCACUGUUUUAAGAGGGAACCGAGAGGUGACAGAAAAAUACGAAUAUUGCAGUACUGUCCCAAGGACUUUUGUCCAGAUUUGUAGGUUAACUAAAAGCAGAGCAUAAAAAUUGAUAUGGUAAUUAACCCUGGAUCUCCUUUAAUCAUCUUUCGAACAGCUUACCCCUGCUCAAUAAUUUUUUUCAUAGCUCUGAUUCUAAGACAUAAAGCCAUACAGUCGAACCUCCAGUAAGCGACCACCCAAAAUGCGAAGAGUCCGUGGUUGCUUACGGGAGGUGGUCGCUUACGAGAGUCGAACUGCAGAGGGUCUUUUACAGGAAGUGCAGUCACGCCUACUUUUUGUGAACAGAAUGUAUUGUGUGAAGUUUUUAGGUUACCAUAAUAUGUAAAUCCAUGUUGGUUCUAAAAGUUCUUCUCAUACUUUCGACCUUCCACACGCGCACAAUUUUCACAUACGACAUCCACAAUGUGUCGUACGACUGUCGUGGGUCUAAUUUACAUGACACGAACUGUCGUAAACUCAUGACACAUGCUAGUCGCGCACAAUAGUCGUAAGCAAACAUCGUACCGUCUAAAUCGGCCUUGAUACAAACAGCGAACACAAAGAUCAGACCAUUUUAUGAGGGGAUCGCUUUUAAGAGGUUGAAAACAAUGGAAACGUCUAAAACCUUCAACCCAAAAGCGGUCGCGGUUGUAUUCGAGAGGUUCCAAUAAUACGGCUUUGAAUGAGAAAUUGUGGUGUUUUGGAUAGGUGGUCUUUUAAGGAAGGUGGUCCGGGCGCUUACAAGAGGUGGUCGCGCAUGGAGGUUUAACUGUAUUUAGCGUUGUAUUGACUAUUUUCCAAUUGCCCAUAAUACACUCUGUUUGCCCCCCAAAUUUUGCAUAACUUAUUGUCUUAAAAUGCUCUUGGGAAAAUGCAGUACUCCCAGGAGCAUUUAAAAACAAUGGUUUAUGCAGAAUUUGGGGGGCAAACAGAGUGUAUUAUGGGCAAUUGGAAAAUAGAGAAUUGGUUAUCAGUAAAAUCCAACUAGUGGUCUAUUAUCAAUGCUGCGUUCUGAUUGGUUGAGCUACUACUAGGCUAUCUGUUAUAGGCCACUAGUAGAGAAAAGCGCCGGCUUUUUGGCGGCAAAAAAACGAUUAAAUUCUAACUUUAACUAGCUAAAGUUGUUUUGUCGCGAUAUUUUUGACCAACUAGUUGGAUUUUACUAAAACAAUAUUCCUCUCUCCCUCAUGGCCUCUGAGUCAAUAGCCCAUUCGUCAUGGGCUAUUGACUCAGAGCCCAUUCUCGCUCGAGGAAUGAUUGUUAAUCAAUUUUGUGAUUUUGCGUUGGACUAGUUUGGUGUUGUGAUGAAUUACUCUCUAUACCUUGUUUUUUAUUCCAGAGACAAGAGCUCCACGUCAAACAUGAAGAUCGAUACUCUGUCAUUCCUGGGCUGUAUCUUAGCUCAGCAUCCUCCUAAAGUGUUUCAUCCGCACAUCCACGUGCUUGUACCUGUAAGUAUAUGAGAAAGUUAACUUGCUAUUGAUAUUGUAGUUAUUCAUUGAUUCACUUAAGUUCGCAGAGAGGCACUUCAACUGGCGUCUCUGUCGUAGUAGUGUAAGCUCCCUAUUGAAGAAAAGAAGGUGUUGUAAUUACUAGCCCUAACUACGUCUCUGGAAUUUGAAUUUCUUCAUCGAAAAAGUCGAUGCGAAAUACUCAUUGGCUUAGAUGACAUUCGUAAUGACGGAAGACUGACAGCUCAGUCGACUGGGAGCCACAGUGGAGUUGAAGGCGGAAUUCAAAUUCCAGAGACGUAGUUGCAAGCUCUCCUCCCUUCUCCCGCCCCGACGCCAGAGCAGCCCCGGAGAGUUUGCUCGCAGGCUAUGCAAUUGCUAACUUGUUUCAUUCUGAUUAAUUUGUAGCCUGUCAUAACCGCUGUUGGUGAUCCAUUCUACAAAAUCACAUCAGAAGCUUUGAUGGUAACACAGCAACUCGUCAAAGUCAUAAGACCUCAUGGUUGGUAACAUGAAAAUCGUGUCUACACCCCCCUCCCCUCCCCCCCACCACAUUUACAACUCAGCUGAAAGUUGUAACGUGUGAUGCUGAAUUUUUAGGGGUUCCAAAUUUCGCCUUUUUUUCUAUGAUCCCAAAAGGUCUUCCUCCCUUAAGACUGUGAGUGCUAUUUGUCAACUUAUUGCAACAAUAGUGGGACGGAACUAGAGAUAUGAAACUGAGCAGUAAUUCAGAUGUGGAAGGUGUAGACUGAUGUAAUAACAUCAAUAAAAAAGGGAUUUAUCACCUCAGUUUUUGAUAAGCUAUGUACUCAACUGCAAAAUUUUUUCAUACAACUUACUGAAAACAACAAAAAGUUAUUCAUAGCAAGAAAGUGGUGUAUAACCAAUUUUUUUUUAAGUUAAUUUCUUCAAAACACAAAAAUCUUCCCUUCCUGAGAAAAUUUAGUGCAUGGUAUACGCGAUGUAUUCUUUGAAAAUUAAUCAUCUUCCCCUUGAGUUUCCAACACCCUCAAAGGAUAUACAUUAAAUACGAGGGGUCACUUAGAGAAGGGCCCACUUAAAUUCAUGAUGAGUAACAAAUUUGUGAAAGUGCUCUUUUUUGAGUCAUAUUGUUCAUUUUCUCGUACUCACAAAAAGGUGUCCAAGCCAGCUCAUUUGAGUUCAGGAAAUAUGUACAGGAUAUCUACCGGUGUACGUUAACAAGACUCAAAGCGGCUGAUAUCGAUCAGGAGGUCAAAGAAAGGGCCAUAUCAUGCAUGUAAGUUAUCAUGCGCCGUAAACAGCUAUUUCGCGAAAGGUUGUCGGAAAAAGUGCACACGACUCGGACAAUCCCGAAGGGUUUUUUGAGUGAUUUUGAGUUCACUGUUCUUCAAAGAAAUUUGAUAGAAUGGCACUAGGGGCCAUGGAUAUAUGUUUGCAAGUGCUAAAGGAAAGCAGCAAAAGUAGGUUCGACAGCUAUAGUGUAUUGAUUGUAUCCCGUAUUUCCUUUUGGGAUUGUCGCGUGCACAUUUUUUCCGACAACCUUUCUCGAAAUAGCUGUAUACAUUUAAAAGUGCCUGUAUUUACAAGUUCAAGGUCUAUUGUGUACAUUCAAGUCACAGACCACGUUUUUUCUACUCUGAUGAACCUAGAAGGGAACGCUAUAUUCAGACUGGGAAAUCUUGGGACUUGGAGGCCAUUUGCGAUUGUCAAGAAUUUGCUACCAGGCUUCUAUCAUAUCUUUUAUGGACCAUGAAUCCAAGAAGAAAAAAAAAAUAGGUUCCAUAUGUUUAAGGAUCAAGAGAGCAAUGUUAAUAAACUAUUUCAUCUGUUGCCUACGAGAAAGCUCUCCAUUUCAAAUGGAGAGGUUGCAAUGCUCGCAGGCUAUUUCGCUUGUAUUCCACGUUAUUGCAAGAUUCAUUUGUUACUCUAACUUUUAAAUCUGUGGAUGAAAACCUAUGGUGUCACCAUUCAAGUCAAACCUCCUUGGUAGAACUUUUUCACGCUAGUAUUUAUUUCUUAGGAUUUGACGCCCCCAAAAUUGCAUUUUUGUGGGGCGCUAUUAGGGGGAGUACAGUCAAGCAGCAGAUAUGAUUGGGGCUCUCAAAGUAAGCUUUCCACCGCCCCCAUCCACGCCCCCCUCCCCUCUUCGCGCUCUCAUUUUCUACUCUUCCCAGCCUUCUUACGACUUAUUGUGGCCGGUAAUACAUGUACGUGUCGGUACUUGAACAUAGCAAGAAAUUGCAAGGACCAACUCUGCGGGGUACAGGUUUCUGUUUUAGGGAGUUGCCCAUCUUAAAGAAGUGUCUGUAAUUUUUCUGAUUAGUGUAUUGUUCAUGUUGCAGGGGUCAGAUUCUGUGCAGCCUUGGAGAUGAGCUUGUCCAGCAGCUGCCUCAGUGCCUGCCAAUUUUCCUUGACAGACUGCGAAAUGAAAUCACAAGACUGACAACUGUGAAGGCCUAUUCGCUGAUUGCUGGGUAA